AUGGAUCGUGGACGGGAUGCAGCAUCCCCCAAUGGCAGGGACCGCCGCUCUCUCGGCGCGGGAACCCAUCGAAUGCUGUCCAGCUCGCCUCUCGCCGAACAAGCCCUCGCCGAUGACAUCGCCGCCUGCUCAGACGAUGACUACUCUGACCUGGAUGUCCCUUCCCACGGCCACGACAUGUAUCGCCGUCCCAGCGGCGUCGCGUACGGCGGCGCACGCCCCGUCUUUAACCAGCAGCCCUUGGACGAACCCGUCCUGACCCCGCUUGAGCGGAAGCGGUCUCGCAACGCUGAGAGGAGCCUGCUGAGGGACAACCAUGUUCUUCCCCCGAAGCAUGGCCACGACGGCAAGAACAUCCAGCCAGGACUAGGUUCGCGCAUAUAUAGACGCCUCUUCAGCACCAAGCUACCUUCCAACGAAGCCCGGGGCCAGCCUGCCCAGUCUCGUCAGCCAACGGAGCGCUCGCCCCUCCUCGACGGCGCCAACGGCGCCAACGGCCUCAACGGCCACGCAUCCGAUUCCCCCUCGACCGAUGACGUCGAGCAGCAGUGGGAAGAGGCCGUCGCCUCCGGCCGACUUCGAACCACCUGGCAGCGAGAGACCAAGACGCUCCUGUCCUACUCGGCGCCUCUGAUAGCCACCUUCGUCCUUCAGUACUCCAUCAACGUGACGAGCAUCUUCGCCGUCGGUAGGAUCGGCAAGGUUGAGCUCGGAGCCGUAUCCCUCGCCAACAUGUCAUCCGCCAUUUCCUGCCUCGCACCCUUCCAGGGCCUCGCUACAAGCUUGGACACCCUCUGCGCUCAGGCCUACGGCUCCGGGCACAAGCACCUCGUCGGAUUGCAGUGCCAGCGAAUGGCCACUUUCCUCCUUUGCCUUGCCGCCCCUGUCGUCGUCCUGUGGCUUUUCUCCGAACAGAUCCUCGUCCACCUCGUCCCCGACCCCGAAUCCGCCAGGCUGGCUGGCUUGUACCUUAGGGUCAUGAUCUUCUCCAUCCCCGGCGUCAUCCUCUUUGAGGUCGGCAAGCGCUUCUUGCAGGCCCAGGGUCUCUUUCGAGCUACCACGUACAUCCUCCUCGUCGCCGCGCCCUUCAACAUGUUCAUCAUGUGGCUUUUGGUCUGGAAGUUGGGCCUAGGCUUCGUCGGCGCCCCCAUUGCCGUCGCCAUCACCGACACCCUGCUGCCCAUUCUCCUCGUCAUCUACGUCAAGUUCUUCGGCGGCUCCCAGUGCUGGGGGGGAUUUAGCCGCCGAGCCUUCACCAAUUGGUGGGUCAUGAUCCGCCUGGCCCUGCCCGGCAUGAUCAUGGUCGAGGCCGAAUGGCUCGCCUUUGAGAUCAUGACGCUCAUGUCCAGCCGCUUCGGUACCGAAUACCUUGCAGCCCAGAGCGUUCUGGGCACUCUUACCACCAUCUCCUACCAGAUUCCCUUCCCAAUGUCCAUCGCCGCCUCCACCCGGGUUGCCAACCUGAUCGGCGCCGGCUUGGUUGAUGCCGCAAGGGUGACUGCUAAAGUGACAUUUGUUGCCGCCUGCCUUCUCGGCAUCCUCAACCUCGUCAUCUACAGCACCCUACGGUACCACCUGCCUGUCCUAUUCACCGACGAUCAGGGCGUCAUCGAACUUGUCGCCAAGGUCUUACCCCUCGUCGCCGUCAUGCAGGUCUUCGACGGGCUCGGCAGUGGAGCACACGGUCUGCUGCGCGGCAUUGGCAAGCAGUCCAUCGGCGGGCCGGCAAACCUGAUUGCCUACUACGUCAUCUCGCUACCCAUCUCCCUCGGCCUCGCCUUUGGACUCGACUGGAAGCUCGAGGGCCUGUGGAUCGGCGUCACAGUUGGGUUGAUUGUCGUGUCCUCAAUCGAGUAUCCGUACCUGCUCAAGACGGACUGGCACAAGGCGGCUGCCGAGGCGGCUGCCCGAAACGCCUCAGGUUAG